UUGCUUACGUUCGGUUCGUUCGCAUUUCUUCUCUAUCUUAUAUAAUAUUAUAUUUUCUCCUAAAUCAAUUUUUUCACUACCAACAACAACAACAAUAAUAACAACUCAACUAUUCUCAACUCGCGUCAACCUUAACUUAACUUAACAACUCUACCACUACAACUCUGUCAACUUUCCGUUUUUAAACUGAAACUACAAAAACAAAAUAUUUUUGUUUGCAAAAAUACAAAAAAACCGAGGAGAAAAUUGCCAGCCAAAAAUAUAUUGAAAAAACGGAAGGAAGGAUACCCCAAAAAAAAAAAAGAAAUCCCCCCCGUUAUGUUUUGAGUCCAAUUCCGAGUGUUAAAAACAAACGUAAACGUAAACGCAAAUGUAAAUGUAAAAAUCGAUAAGCCACACGCAGCCAGCCAACUGAACGCGAACGUGUCCGUGUGUGAGUUCCGUGGAGCGAGGGGAUUACGUGGAGAAGACGGGGGGAACUGACCAAAAAUCGGUGGCCCUGGCCAAAAACGCAAAAACUCCGGCCCAAAAAGAAAUAAAAAAGAAAGCAAAGAACGAGAGAGAGGAGAAACUCCAGCCCAAAUGACGGAUACAUGGGUCUGACAACGAAUCAAGCGCCGAAAUGUGUGAAGUGGCUGUGAAACCCGAGGAAUCCUAACUAACAAAAAUAAAAACCCAAAAAAAAGGAAAACCAAUUUACAAUAAAAUGCAAAUUAUUAAGAAUAUUUAACCAAAACCCCAAAAACACACCACACUCACACACAACCGAAAAACAAAAACACAGGAUGAAACUCAAGAACUAAAACCUUAAGAGAUCUUUCGGCGAGCCAAACUCUAUAUACAAUAUCAUCAUAUAUAUUUUCACAUGCGAGAUAACAACAGCAACGUUUCCUUUCCGCUUUUGCCACAACAUAAUACCCCUGAGACGGUCUUUGCUCGCUCGAAACGCUCGACACUAGCUUCAGCACUUAGCCCUCUAAGAUCUACGCACUAACUGGAUCCAACUGGACCCUAGCCAAAACUAAACUCUAACCUCAACAUAAAACAACCCAAGGAAACCCUGAAGAUGCCGCGCUGCCUGAUAGCCAAGAAGUGGAAGGCCUAUCCCUGGUUGGAUCGGUCGGAGGAUAGCAACAACCAGCAGCAGCAGCAGCAACAGAACUCCUCUCGAGAUCUCGAGGAACUGCAUCUUAAGUCUAGGAGAUCCACUCUGGAUGAAGAUGAGGAGAUUGAUGUGGUGGGCGACAAAUUCCUGAUUAAAAUGGAAAAGCAACGCACAACGGCAGAUGCAGCAGCAACAGCAACGGCAGCAACAUCCUCGGAAGCAGCAACAUCACAAGGCAGCAGCAGCAACAUGGAAGCCACGACGACGACGACAUCCAAGUGCUGGGGUCCCAGUUCACCCACGGCGGGCACCACGGCUCCAAGUCCACCUCCUCACUCCCCGGAGGCGGCGACGCGAGUGGCCGGCAAUGUUUACAACGGCUACACCCGCGAACUGUCGCCGCUGCACUACACCGCGUACCUGCCCCGCAUGGAGAGCGAGAUAACCGUGAUUCGAGCGGCGGCCACGGCUCUGGUGGCAGCCAGGACCUCCGGAAGCGGAAAUGGAAAUGCCACCAGUGGAGAUCAGCACCUGGCCGCCUACCAAACACCGCCCUCGUCCACCACUUCAUCGCCCUCCUGCUCGCCCAGUGGCGCCAACGAUCGCUACAGUCCGCUGUCGAGUGGCCAGACCUCCAGCGAAAGGAAGUGCUUCAGCAGCACGGGGGCCACACUCUCCCUGCCGCCGAAGAAGAAGGACAUCUACAGACCCUACUCACUGGACGACAAGCCGGCACACGGCUAUCGGCGGAGGAUUCCGGCGGAGGAGGACCUGCAUGCGGCACAUGCCAUCCUGGAUCUGAGUGCCAGCACAGCCUUCCACCCGCCCACGCAGCCUCAUCAGCUGCAGCAGCAGCAGCAACAUCACCCGGCCCCGCAGCAACAUCAACAUUACUUGCCACUGCAGCAGCAGCAACAGCAGCAGCAACAGCAACAGCAGCAACACCACAACCACACCCACUUGCCAACCUUGGAGGCGCAUGCGCAUCUGCGCGGCAGCUCGAUUGCCGAGCUGGCUGCAGCAGCAAGUGUGGUGAACGAGCAACGCCCCGCGAGCAAUGCCUCGAGUGCCAGCAGCAACAGCAACAGCAACAGCAAUCACAUGCCCAGCAGUCCCAGCAGCAACUCGAGCAGCAGCAGCAGCAGUCAGGUGCAGAACGAGAACAGCAACACCACCAACACGAACCAGGAUGGCGAGUGCCUGCAGGAUGGGGAGCAUGGUGGCGCCUCCGGAGCGGCGGCCAAGACGGUGGCCUACACCUACGAGGCCUUCUUCGUCAGCGACGGUCGCUCCAAGCGCAAGCAUGUCGCGGAUCCGGCAGCAGCUUCUGCGGGCGGAGUGCCCUCGCCGGAUCAGGCCAAGACCAAGUACACCUGCUCCGAGUGCGGCAAGCAGUAUGCCACCUCGAGCAACUUGUCGCGCCACAAGCAAACGCAUCGCUCGCUGGACUCGCAGUCGGCCAAGAAGUGCCACACCUGCGGCAAGGCGUAUGUUUCUAUGCCCGCUUUGGCCAUGCAUCUGCUGACCCACAAGCUAUCCCACAGUUGUGGGGUUUGUGGUAAGCUCUUCUCGAGACCCUGGUUGCUCCAGGGACACCUGAGAUCGCACACGGGCGAGAAACCCUACGGGUGUGCGCACUGCGGCAAGGCCUUUGCAGAUCGCUCGAAUCUCCGGGCCCAUAUGCAAACCCAUUCGGUGGACAAGAACUUCGAGUGCAAGCGUUGCCACAAGACCUUCGCCUUGAAAUCCUAUCUCAACAAGCAUCUGGAGUCGGCCUGCCUGAAGGACGAGGAGGAGCUGAUGAUGUCCAUGUCGCUGUCCAUGCACGAUAGCAACAGUGAGAGCGGGGCCAGCAUGGCCUCGUCGCCGCCCCAUGAGUUCCUCGAACGCGUUAAGCUCGAGGGCAGUGGAGGAGCCACUUAUGCCAUGUAAGCAUAAAACACAGGGGGAGUGCCAAAGAAAUUUCUAGAGUUUUGUGAAGAUCCGGCUCGUAGGACCAACAUGUAAAAAGAAAGCAAAACUUGAGAGAUUUCACUGGCAUUCCCCUCGUAAGGAAAAGGAUAGAUGUGCUGUAACUGCAUAGCUGGUUAGUUAAUUUACCGUUAAUGUUAAAGUUACCGUUACCAUUUACAACUAGGUUAACCGAUAGCCGUUUUUAUAGAAGAUACAUACAUCACAAUACGUCCAAGAGCAAAGUGUAGUAGAGUAACACAGAGACUGUAGAAAUUCGCAUUAGGCAGCCAAGCAACAAAAUACUCAAUGGGUGUGGGUUUCCUGAAAUCUCCUUCAUGAUUUGAAAACUCCUUUUUCCAAGGUGCCUCCAAAAGUAUGCAAAGGAAACAUAGAAUUUGAUAGGGAGAUUUCAGGAACCCCCUCCACCCAUGUUCUUCUUCUAAACUUAAGUGAGUUGAACAUUCCUAGGAAGACCCUACACAUUCCAAAACAAACAAAAACACACCCCUAACACACAGAGAGCCUUGUGUAUGAGGUGCUAAAGCCACAUGCAUUCCGAGAACCUGAAGAAAUCUAAGCAAUUCUAGCAGCUAUCUUAUCUAUCUAACUACUUACCGAAAGCAAAACACAUAGGAGUACUAUAUUUAAAUGCAUAUAUAGAGUGUACUAUAACCUGUAGCUAAACCAAACAAACAAAGAAACAAACGAACGUUUUAAUCUACCCACUCUCUCCAACUAACUCUCGAAGAACACUCUCCUCUAGCUAACUCUUAUCCUAACUCUAACUCUUACUCGAACAAUAUCUCUCUACUCUCUAUCUCUAUCUCUUAAUCGACAACGUUGACGACGACGACGAAGUGAUUAAAAUUAAUGCAACGAAUACAAAAGCAAAUGCAAUGUUUCUCAAACAACGAAUUAGGACUUAAGGGCAGCCUAUCUAUAAGCAGUAAUUACGAGUGCUAGCCACUAAGCAAUUUUAAACUAAGUCACACGAAAAGCGACAUUUAAGCACUCAACAAUUUUUAGAUUCGAUAUAAACGACAACGAUACAAAAAUUACAAAUUACAAAUUAAUCAAAA